CUUCUUUCCCUUUUGCUCUCCUUCCUGCAUAAAAACAAAAAGCUUUCCUCUGUUCUCUAUUCCUCCGUUGAUUUCUCUGCUUCUCUUUUUUGUUUUCUGUUCUGUUUUUCUCUUUUAUUUGCUUUCCCUUCUCACUUCUUUGGGCUUUGAUGAAGCUGGUAGCUUGUGUUGAUGGGGCAUCCGUGUGAGGAUGGUUUAGACAAGAAGGAAGGGCAGGUUGCAGAGGAAGCUGGGACCAAUGAAAUCGAUGUCCAUGGUGAUGCUGGGAGGGAAGAAGACGAUGUGGUGGUGGAGAUCUAUGCAGAGUUCAAGCCGGUAGAUCACCCGCUCGAGCCUCCGGACGAGGACCCACCUGCGAAAUGGCCAAUGCCCGAUUCUUCCCUUCUGAAUGUUGGAGGCAUAUUGAAGCAGCCGUCUGCAGAAAGUUUAUGGAAGAAAACAGAAUCAUUAGCAGCAAAUGAAGAAGGCACAGCGGAACAGUCUCCAGCAGAAACCGAUCGCAAGAGGCAUCACUCCAUUGCUCGAGAUCCUGCUCUCCCCUCAUCGUUCAGGAGUCCACACUCCAAUAUUUUUCAGGUGUUUCAACAAUGUAAAGAGUUUCAAGCUUGACAAAGAGCAUGCAGUCGACUUUUUGCCCACAAAUGAUUGGUCCCAACAAGGAGUUUUGAGUAUAUUGUGUACUGGCAGAAUAUAUUCAUCUAAGGUUUCAGUGUUGGUGUAUAAAUAAUACAAAUUAUUGACAAAAAGGCUUGUUUGGGAAAAAUCAGCCUACUUGUAAAGCAUUAAUCAUUAUAGCUCAUUGUAUUGGUUACUGAAAUGUAUUGCUAUAGUUGAUACAAGCCCCAGUUUAAACUUCAAAUAAUGACUUAAUUGGCUUCCAACGUUUCUUGUGGGAU